AUGUGGGAUGAAAGCCUUGUGCCAAGCAUUAAUUACUCUGGAGAAGGUUGUCUGGCCCUUCCGAAACUUAAUUUACAAUUCUUAACAUUACAUGAUUAUCUCCUCAGAAAUUUCAAUCUCUUUCGUCUCGAAUCAACAUAUGAGAUUCGUGAGGAUAUUCAGGAAGCGGUGCCGCAUCUUCUUUCCUACAUUAAUAAUGAAGGAGAAACUGCUUUUCGUGGUUGGUCAAGGAUGGCUGUGCCGAUCAAACAAUUUAGGAUCAGUGAGGUAAAACAGCCAAAUAUUGGUGAAGUCAAGCCAGCUGCUGUAACAGCAGAAGUUACUUUUAGCGUUUCCAGUUAUAAAGCACAGAUAAGAUCAGAAUGGAAUGCUCUUAAAGAGCAUGAUGUUCUAUUUUUACUUUCUAUCCGCCCUUCCUUUGAGCCUCUAAGUGCAGAGGAGGAUGGAAAAGCUAGUGUGCCUCAGAGGCUUGGUCUUCAAUAUGUACGAGGUUGUGAAAUCAUUGAGAUUCGUGAUGAGGAGGGAACUCUAAUGAAUGAUUUUACUGGAAGAAUUAAACGGGAUGAGUGGAAGCCUCCAAAGGGAGAACUGAGAACUGUGACUGUUGCUUUAGAUACAGCACAAUACCACAUGGAUGUCAGCAACAUUGCUGCAAAAGGCUCAGAAGAUGUUUAUGGGACGUUCAACAUAUUGAUGAGGAGAAAGCCCAAGGAGAAUAAUUUUAAAGCAAUUUUAGAAUCCAUUAGAGAUCUUAUGAAUGAAUAUUGUAUUGUUCCUGACUGGUUGCACAACAUUUUUCUGGGAUAUGGUCCUUAUCCCCAAGAUCAGCCAAAGAAGAACUCAGUUAGAUUCACACCCACUCAGGUUGGAGCAAUCAUCUCAGGUAUUCAGCCAGGACUCACAAUGGUUGUGGGUCCACCUGGUACGGGAAAGACAGAUACAGCUGUCCAAAUUCUGAAUGUUCUUUAUCAUAAUUGUCCAUCUCAGAGAACAUUGAUAAUCACUCAUUCGAACCAGGCUCUCAAUGACCUUUUUGAGAAGAUAAUGCAGAGGGAUGUGCCUGCACGCUAUCUUCUUCGACUUGGUCAAGGAGAACAAGAGCUAGCAACUGAUCUUGAUUUCAGCCGACAAGGUCGUGUCAAUGCCAUGCUUGUGCGGCGCUUAGAGUUGCUAAGUGAAGUGGAGAGGCUGGCAAGAUCUCUCCAGUUGCCCGAGGAUGUAGGUUAUACUUGUGAAACUGCUGGGUACUUUUGGUUGCUUCAUGUAUACUCGCGCUGGGAGCAAUUCCUUGCUGCUUGUGUGGACAAUAAAGAUAAACCGUCAUUUGUUAAAGAUCGUUUUCCCUUCAAGGAGUUCUUCUCCAACACACUGAAACCAGUCUUUAUUGGUGAGUCCUUCGAGAAAGAUAUGCGCGCAGCUAAGGGUUGCUUUCGUCAUCUUAAGACUAUGUUUCAAGAGCUUGAAGAGUGUAGGGCAUUUGAAUUACUGAAGUCCACUGCUGAUCGAGCAAAUUACCUGAUGACUAAGCAGCAAAGAUAG